CCAAAACAAAAGUACAAAAUUUGAAUUCAACUUCUUUUAUCAACCAAUCAGAGUGAAGAAAAAGUUUAUGAGCGUUUUUUGAAAAGACUAAGAAUUUACUUCUAAUUGUUAACAAUAAAUUAUCAGCGAUUAUAAAAAUACAAUUAAUCAGUUUCAACUCUUCAACAAUUAAAUUCUCUCUCUAAUUGAUAUAAUCAACGUAAUCGAGUCACGAUAUUUUAAAGGCCCACAACACACCAUACAAUUAUAUGGACGAAAUCGCUGAACAAUAUGGAGCUAAGCCUAACCUGUGGAAAUAUUUUUUCCCCGAUCCCGUGUUUUGGUACAAACUUUACUUUGGAAGAUUUUCCUGAAGUAAAAUUAAGGAAACGAUUAACAAAUUCGAAGAGAAAAAGAAAAGAAAAACUCAUUAAUUUUAUCGAUCAGUUUCGUAAUUAGUUCGAAGACUUUUCGAGAAACCGAAUUCUCACUAUUCACUAAUUCUCUACUUGAACUUGGUGUUGAUUUGAAUCUGCUUAAUAAGGUUUGCUAAUUGUUCUUGAUUCUAGUUAUUAUUCAUUUAAUGAUUUGGAUUUUGGUUGAAACUUUUUAGAUUAUCAAUUAAUCAUUGAAAGGAUUUCUGCUCUCAAUUAUUCGUCAUCAUAUAAUCGUUGGCUUGAUGUUAAUCCAUGGAGGUGCUGAUAUCGAAAUCGCUGAUUCGAUUGGAGAGAAACCGAUUCAUAUUGUUGCUCGAGAAGGUCUUUUGUCUGUUUGUCAAUUACUCUGUUCUCUUAAUUGUUCAGUUAAUGUUUGCAACAAAUCGGGUCUUUAUCCGAUUCACUUAGCGGCUAAAAAUGGUCAUAUUGAAAUCGUUCGUACCCUUUGUUUAACUUCCUGCAUCAUUGAUCAGAAAAAUCGUGAUGGAAUCACCGCUGAAAUUUCAGCUUUAGCCCAAGGAUUUAAAGAUAUUGCUGAACUAUUGGUUUCCAUUAAAAAUGAGACUCUUCGAGCCGAAUAUAUCAACUCAUUGAUUCCCUCUGGUGAACCUUUAACACGAGUUAAACUAAAACUUUUGGGUCACUCAGGGGUUGGUAAAACAACACUUGUUGAAUCCCUCAAGUGCGGCUAUUUUUCAUCCUGGUUUCGCAGGUCAUCUCGUGGUGUCACCGCUGCCACCGCUUCAGCAGUAGUCGCUUCCUUGCCAAGUAUUGGUAAACGAUCAGUUUUGGCUAAAAAUUCAAUAUCCUCAUCAAAAUCUAGUCUUGAUGCUUCACCUUUUAACACCAACCACGGCGACAUCAUCAUCUUCAGCCCUCUUCCGCCGGUGGAUCGUCUAGUAGCAAUUGUGGCAGUGGUUCGUCUGCCACCAGUGAUUGGUAGUUCAAUAUCUUCGAUAGCAACUUCCUCGACAAACUAUGGAAAUGGUAAACACUCAAACCAUAGUGGUUCCAAGUGUCAUUGGCCAAAUUUUCACGCUUAUCCAAUUAACAACAAUACGAACACCAAUACAACCUCAUCUAAUUCAAUGUCCUCCGUUUCACCCUCUUCUGUUGAUUUUGUCAACAGAGAAGUGGCCACUGUUUACCAAGUUGUAAUGGAAAAAUUUUCCACCGUUUUCGAUAUUCACAAUCAAGUUCUUAUCAUGGAUUCUCAUGCUUGGACUUUGGAAUCGGUCAUGAGCGCAUUGAAUCAUUGGAGAAAAGCUUUAUCAAACUUUCCAAUUCUAACCUAUGGUCAAUUAAUUACCAUGAUUCGUGAACAAAUUAACCCGCUAACCGGUGAAGAGCAUGUUAAUCAAAUUUUCCGUCAAUUAGUUUCAAUGGGUGAAAUAUUUUACCUAAAAUCUAAAAAUGAUCAAGAUUUAAUUGUACUCUGUCCUAAAUGGUUAACCUCAACGGUUGUCGGUAACCUCUUAAGUGAAGAUCAAAUAAUGAAAAGUCCAAUUUCAGGUCGAUACUCUGUUGAUGAGAUGCAAGACCUUUUCCCGUCCGUUGAUGCACUUGAUUUACUUCAAGUUUUGGAAUCACUUUCCCUUUGUACUCAAUGUGAUUCCGGUGGUGAUAUUGAAUAUGAAUUCCCAUAUUUUAUUAAACAAGAGAGACCUGAAAGUCCAUUACUCAUUGCAGACUCAUUGGAUGACCAUCAUUCUCACCAUGAUCAUCACCAUCAUCAAACCAGCAAUAAUCAUCAUAACAAUUCACCUGAAUCAUCAACCGAUGGAUCAACGAGCUCAAAUCAUCAUAAUAACAAUAACAAUCAUAGUAAUACAAUUAUGGCCGAAUUCGGUUGCAAUGUGAUCCAGAUACUCCGUCUGGAAAACAACGAUAUUGACAAUUCCCUAAAAUUGGAACAAUUUUGCAACACAGUUAAACUUUCUUUCGGCCCAUUAAUGGCAACCCUAAUACCAACAAUACUUUCCUGUUCCCUUCAAUAUGAGGCCAUUGAAUUACGAGUAAUUGGCCCUCGAUGUAAACCAUUAGACGCUUUUCACUUUUUCUAUGAUCUUUUAUCCCUAAUUGAAUCUUCCAUUGGUUCCAUGGCUCCAGCGCUUCUACUCCACCGACACUAUUUAAGUCCAACGGAACUGGCCAAACAUAAACUUCACCCAUUAACCUAUUCACCAUCUCAAUUGAUUGAUGUUGCCCUUAAAUCAUCUCACCCUCUGGAAAUUAAUAUUUAUACAAAUUUUCCCAUUAAAUUAACUAAUUGA